AUGGUCAACUCCUGUAGUGGAUCCGUGUGCUCUGACCAGGGCUGUGGCCAAGGCUGUGGCCAGGAGACCUGCUGCCGCCCCAGCUGCUGCCAGACCACCUGCUGUGGGACCACAUGCUGCCGCCCCUCUUGCUGUGGCUCCAGCUGCUGUCGCCCCAUCUGUUGCCAGACCACCUGCUGCCGCCCCAGCUGCUGUGGCUCCUGUUGCUGCCGCCCCAGCUGCUGUGGCUCCAGCUGCUGCCGCCCCAUCUGCUGCCAGACCACCUGCUGCCGCCCUAGCUGCUGUGGCUCCUGUUGCUGCCGCCCUAGCUGCUGUGGCUCCUGUUGCUGCCGCCCCAUUUGUUGCCAGACCACCUGCUGCCGCCCCAGCUGCUGUGGCUCCUGUUGCUGCCGCCCCAGCUGCUGUGGCUCCUGUUGCUGCCGCCCCAGCUGCUGCGGCUCCUGUUGCUGCCGCCCCAUUUGCUGCCAGACCACCUGCUGCCGCCCCAGCUGCUGUGGCUCCUGUUGCUGCCGCCCCAGCUGCUGUGGCUCCUGUUGCUGCCGCCCCAUUUGCUGCCAGACCACCUGCUGCCGCCCAGUCUGCUCUAGUGGUUCCUGCUGCUGA